UUUUGCUUUUUAGGUGAAUAGUUUUUUUUAAUGGCUCCCUCAGCAGAUGUUAAAAGAAUUGCUAUCAAGAAAGAAGGAUACUUUCCUAUUUUGUAUCAUUUAUACCCUGCUGCAAAGUUAUCAGAUGUCAUAAAAGAGAUUUGUUUAAAAUGGACGAUUACAUCAAAGUUUGAUCAACAUUCUUUGCAGUAUCUUGAUUCUAAAAUAUAUAUUACAGAGGAGAAUCGUGCUGAUAUUCAUGAUGGUGAUAUUCUUACAUUAAACUGGAAUGUUGAGCUUUCAGCAUCAAAGUUUCUUUUGGAUAUUGAACAACCAGAUUCAGAGAUUAAAAGAAUGGCAUUAGAUCAGCUGGCAGGUGUUGAUUGUGCAGGUCAAGCUGAAGAUCCUUUGUUUGCCAAUGAAUUUAUAAAUAGAAACGGAGUAAAUGCAUUGGUUAAAAUAAUAGAAAGUGAUACUGAAUCUCCAUAUUUAGUUGCGCAAGCAAUUUCUGCUGUACAGGAACUUCUUGAACACGGAUUCUUUUCUUGGGAUAAAGUUGAACGUUCAUUUAUCACUAAGAUUCUGGGAUAUGCAAAUCAAAGUAAAGGUGUUGAUUCCAAAAUUGUGCAACGUUCAUUAUCCUUACUUGAUAAUAUUGUGUCUAUGAGUUCAACUUUGUUUAUACGAAUAAUGAAUGAAGUAAAGCUUGAUAGUCUUGUUGAUUACCUAAAAAGUUCUGAUACCAAACUUCAAAUAAGUACGAUGGCACUAUGCAAUAGUAUUCUUCAAAGAAUGGAGCAUGAAAAUCGAAAGAAAUUUACACAUACUUUAUCAACAAAAGGUUAUACAAAUGUGUUACAACAGAUUAUAGCAUCAUCUACCACGGGUACACUUUCAAGUGAUAUCAAACACCAGUUGUAUGUUUAUCAAUCAUUGUUACUCAGUGUUCUUGAGCCGCGGCUUAAAACUAAACCUGACCAUUCUGAUCCUAAAUUACUUACUGAACUAAACAGUAUUUACAAUUAUGCAUUUGAGUCAGCACCAUUAGCUAAAGAUAAGAAUUUAGGAAAAGCUGAUUUCAAAAAGUUAGGUUUUGUUAACAGCGACUCACCCUUAAGUGAUUUUGAGGAAACUCCACCUGGUAUGUUAGCAUAUGAUGCCAUGUUAUAUUUUGCUCAAAAACAACUGGAUUCUUAUGUAAAGGUAAUUCUUGAAAACUAUGGGCGUGAUGAAGAUUGCAAAUGCCCAUUUGCAAAGAGCUCCAAACAUCUAACAAAGAUGCUUUGCGAAGUUUUGAAUGUUGGAGAACCAAUAUCAGACACUGAAGAGCAAUUUCAACCAAUGUUUUUCACUACAGACAAUGUGUUUGAAGAACUAUAUUGUGUUUCUAUUCAACUUCUUAAUAAAACAUGGAAAGAGAUGAGAGCUAAGACUGCUGAAGAUUUUCCUAGAGUCAUUGGUGUAGUGAAAGAUCAAAUCAAAAGAGCUCUUGUUACAAAACCAGAAACUAUUGAAAAAUUUAAAAAUAAGGCUUUCAGUUUGACAUACCAACAGAUUCUUCGAAUGAUGCAACAAGAAGCCCAGGAGAGAAAUAUUCUCGACUCUCAAACAAAACCAGUCAUAGAACUUCGUGAACAAAUCGUUCCUGAAAUUCGUGAGCUUGUUAGACAACAAAGAUUAUCACAACUUGUUGAAGGUCUUAUGUUUGAUCAAAUUUCAAAAAGAGGCCAGCAGAAAGGUUAUUGGUUUUGCUGUCUUUCCCCAAACCACCGCUUUCUUCACUAUGGUGAAGUUGUUAAUAACAAGGUUAAUCCACCUAUUGACUCUCUUCCAAACAAAAUUCCGAUAUCAGAAGUUACAAGUAUUAAAGUUGGAAAAGAUUGUCCGCAUAUCAAUCGAUUAAAAAAGGGAGUUAUUCAAUUAGCUUUCUCUAUAAUGUAUAACCAGGAAGAACAUUUAGAUUUUAUUGCCCCUACUCAAUAUUUAUUUUCUGUGUGGACUGACGCUCUUAAUUCUCUUUUGGGUAAAGAGAUGACUUCGCCUGAGUCAGGAUCCGAUUUAGAGAUGCUUCUAAAUAUGGAAAUGAAGUUGUUAUUAUUAGAUCUUGAAGAUGUUCGUAUUCCUGAAGUUCCUCCUCCCAUACCUAAGGAACCAGACAAUUACAAUUUCUUUUAUAAAGAUAUUUAAUUUUUUUAAACAUUUUUUAAGUUUUUAUUAUUUUUUAUUAUUUAUCUUUUGUAUUUUUUAAAUUAUUAUUAUUAUUUUUUUUAACUACUAAUUUUAUUGUGCAGAAAUAAAUUGAAGUUCAUUUUGCGCAUGCGCUUAUUCAUACUUCAUGCGAAAAUUGAAUUUCAAUUAUAGAAUAUCUGUAUCAAGUGUGCAAAACUUAUUUGUAUAAAAUAAAUAAUAAAUUUACUAAUUGCAAGUCUAUUUUUAUAAAAAACAUUUAAUUUGAAUAUUUUGUUGUUCUAAGCGUUGGUUCACUUUCUAAAACUUCUAUAAAAUGCGCGUGUUUGUUUUUUGCAGAUGCUUGCAAAUUUUUGCGUAUUUACAUUUCUAGAAAUUUAUUUGUAAUUUCUUUUUGCUACGAUUGUUUAUAAAACUGUUAUAUAUGCUUGUAUCAAAA